CCAAAAUAAAUGCUACAGAUGCCCCAUGGCGUGUAGAUGGCCUCAUCACCCAGGAAAUUCAUCCCCACGCCUCCGGAUGAACCACGUCGACAACCUCGACGUCCGCCUUGCCAGUCGGUCAUUCGCGAGGAUGGGCCGAAGAAACAUGCAGUUGAUCGCUAUCGCCUGGCCGAUGUGCAAACAGCUCCUCCAACACCUGAGUUGAAAACUGACGCAAUUUCCUCAAACGCAAACCAGCGUCAAGAUGGGGAUGAUACCGAAGACGCCCAAGCGAAGUUAGCCCAGCAGCUGGCAAAACGUUCGAUAUCGACUCGGGGAAACCGCAGUUUCUUCAAAUGGAGUUUUCGAUCACAAACCAAGUACCUUUCAGACCUUUCAGACCUUUCAGACCUUUCAGACCUUUCAGACCUUUCAGAUGCUCAGAAGGAUGUAAAAUAUGUGAAGAAGUUACAAGACUCCGCAGGUGCUAGCCACAGUGGAUCUGCAACUCAAACAUGAGAGCGGAGAGCUGUGCGGCUCUGCAUGUUUCACUGAAGGCAGAGCAACUUGAGUG